CAGUGAUAGCGGCAUUUCCUGAGCAGCUGGCCCGAUAACCUCCUCGAAAUGGCUUAUCAGACGAGCUCCCAGUCCAGCAAGCACUCAUACAUGAGAACUCAGACUGCGUCUAACCGCUAACUUAUGAACACGCUUCAAAUCAACAAAUCACUUCCUAAUUCACACCGCACUAUGCGAAGUAACCGCACGAUUCUCGACAGUGAGUCGAAAUGAAGUGAAAAACGAUGUGCAAAAAGUUAAAAUGGGUGAUCUGUUGCCGAGUUUACCAAAAAGUACGUUUGCGAGUGAGAUAGAAGGACAGGAAUGGAGUAUAGAUGGUGGGGGCAGGUUGGACGAUUACAGUACUGAUGAAGCGUUGGCCGCGGUGGAGCUGUUCAAGGAUUACCCUGAGGCCCUGCUGCAGUUUGCGUCCGUGUGCUGCGUGGUGUUCAUGCUGGUCGGGAUACCGGGAAAUUUGAUCACGAUUAUUGCACUGGCUCGAUGUAAAAAGGUCCGCAACGCAACAGCAGUAUUCAUUAUGAACCUGUCAUGUUCUGACCUGCUCUUCUGCUGUUUCAACUUGCCUCUAGCGGCAUCCACCUUCUGGCGAAAAUCGUGGGCCCAUGGCAGGACCCUCUGUAGAAUGUUUCCCUUGGCAAGAUACGCUUUAGUUGCAGUAUCACUUUUUACAGUUUUAGCAAUAACCAUCAAUAGAUAUGUCAUGAUUUCCCACCCAAGACUUUACCCGAAACUAUAUAACAAACAUUACCUCGCAGUUAUGGUUGCCAGCACAUGGAUUUUUUCAUUUGGAGCACUGAUUGCGACAUGGCUAGAAAAAUGGGGUAGAUUUGGCUUAGAUCCAACAAUUGGCUCAUGCUCUAUACUUCCAGACCAAAAUAACAGGUCUCCUAAAGAAUUUCUGUUCGUUGGUGCAUUCAUGCUACCAUGCUUAGCAAUUGUCGUAUGUUACGCACGAAUAUUUUGCAUAGUUAGAGAAGCAGCGAGAAAAUCUCGAGCUCCUGCUCAUGGAAAACCACGAAAUUUUUUAGAAGAUUCUGCAGUGGGAUCCGCUUCAACUGCAUUAGAACGCUCCCCGGGCCCUGAGAAUGGGGUGAACCAUAUUGCUCCAACAAAAAGGGCAUUAUUGGCCCCACCUGUAUUGCACUGCCCUCCUACACCAGCUCCAGAACGUUCUUCGUCAUCCGGUGUUGACACACUGGACGGCCAUGAUGAAGAAUGUGCUUUAGACGCCAAGCCGCGCACACCAAGUAGUGGCGAAACUGCCAAGAGACUUCGACAAGCAGCAGUAGCUCUGAGACGGUCACCAGCAUCGGUUCGGCCGCCGCGUCUUACUCCUAAAGACAGAAAAUUACUGAAGAUGAUAAUGGCAAUCAUGUUGUCCUUCUGGGUGUGUUAUCUACCAAUAACCCUAACGAAAAUUUUUCGAGAGUUCACGUCGCACCCUGCGGCUAACAUAGCUGGAUACUUACUAAUAUAUCUGACAACAUGUAUUAAUCCUAUAAUUUAUGUAGUGAUGUCGAGUGAGUACCGACAGGCGUACAAGAACUUACUCAUGUGCCGUCGGUGGGCGUGACGG